GCUCAUUGCCCUAAGCUGUGCGGCCAUGCUGCUCUCCUCCUCCUCGCCCGCAGCUCUCAGAUUCGCCGCGCCAGGACACUCGCCAGGCCGGAUGCCCGCCCCUUGGCCUCCCUUCGCCGCCUGCUAAAUCCCCCCCGCCCCAUCCCAUUGAUCACUGCUCGUGUACGUCCCUGGGCGGCUUCUCUGUGCCGUGUGGCUCCGCAGGAACUGGCGGGCGGUGGAUGGGGGGAAUGCAUUGAGAUGAGAUGGUAUUGAUUCGCUAUGACUCCCGAAGGUGUGGAUGUGACAUCAGAGAUGGCUAAUUACGCGUUCUUUUGUGAAUCCAAUCGAGUUUCUUGCCGACGUCUUCUACUCUUCUUUAUGUGUGCAGGUGUAAAUGCAGUCUGAAAAUUCGGCAUGAGCCCUCUCUCUGAGCUGGUGUGGUCUCCGGAUGAGGGUUUGAGCAUUAAAAUUGCAGCGUCCAGCCUAAGCACAAGGAAGGCUUCUCUGCGUUGGAAUGCAGACACGUUGAGCAUACUAAUAUCUUCACCUCAAGAAAGCGGGGCUGCUGGGAAGAGUGGUGAUAACAUAGAUGCCACCCUAGGAGUGUCAGAAAAGAUGCCAUCGCAGCUACGAACUCGCAGCGACAGUUCAGUGAGAAGAGUGACCAUGGCUAGUCCAAAUAGAAAAUCAAACCUUGAUGCCCCACAUUCUACGUCUAUGAGAUCGCAGGAGCAAGAUUCAAAAUGCUGUGAAGGGAUCAAUUUCAUGAACGAAGGGAAAGAAGGGUCUGAAAACUGCUGUGCGGAUAAGCUGGAGGAGAUGGAAGUGGGUAGUGAUCCCACAAGAUAUUUCAAGGAUACUUACCACACUUCAGCUUCCAGAAAAGAAGUCAUGCCUAGUAUUUCGGAAAAACAAGUUUACUGUGCAACUACUGUCCAUAAUGAAAGAUCUUUGGAAACUAAUGCCUGGCGUGCUCGAUUAAUAAAGGCAGUUAGUCAGAAAGACUCUAUUUUGCCAAAGAACGCAGAGAAUGCUCUGUCAGCUUCUUCCUUAGGAAAGUUGUGUGAUGCAGGAGAAGUCCCAGACAAGUUGGCAGGUUUUAUAGGCAACAGAAAUGCUCAAUGUCCGGGCAAUGAAAGCAAGGAAAUUAUUCAUACUCCAGCAUUUCGUUCUCAUGACAAUCACCAAGAUCAGUUUCUUCAGGAAAGUCUUAAGGAUGAGCCUGUUGUUGCGAGAGGUGAGUCAGCAUCUGGUGUUAAUGCUGUUGCAAGAUGUGAGUCAGCGUACGUCAUUAAUGCUAGAAAGCUUGAGAAGGGCAAAGAAAAGGUUAUGUACAAUAGCAGCAAUUGGGUUAGCAACACGAAAGAGAGUGAUAACAGCAAUGAGAGCGUAGAGAGCUGUCCGAGUACAGAAGCCCCAAAGCGAAAGCAUGCGGAGCUUUCUGCAGCCAAGAUGUCUUCUGGGAAAAAAAGAUGUAGAAGGGAAGACAAUGAGAGUUCUUGCUCAGGAUUAUUGCAGAAAUGUGGUGGCUCUUUCUUUAACUGGAUGUCAUCUCUCACGAAUGGAUUAGCCAUGUUUGAUGAGCCUACUCCUGCUGUUCCACUUGAUCAGAAGUUUUCAGCAACUAGAGGAGAGGAGUCCGCAGCACCUCCCCUGCCACUCCAAAACAAUAGCAGCGUUCAUCUGCAGCCUGUUGGCCUCAAUUCUCUUUUCCAGUCUUUGUAUAGCCAUAAUGUUAUGAUAACUUCAAGAAAUAUAUGUCAUCAACCAGAAAGCAAUUGCACUGAGCAUGUACCCAAUAAACUAACUCUGGAUUUAAAGGGUAGCAACUCCAUGAUGGACAAACAGAUUGACCUGGGCAGAAAAACUCUUGAUGUGGCUACUGAGACUUUAACUGCUGACAGGCUUCAGAUGGUUUCUGGUGGCAGUAGAGGAAAUUUUCACAAUCAAAUUGGUAUUUUCCCGAUGAGAGCAGAAAGAAAUCUGAAACUGUCCAACUCCAGCAAGUCUUUUUCCAAAUCUCUAGAAGAAAAACAAAACGAGUGCCCUGCCGGCUGUUCAAAUGCUGCAACAGGAAAUAGAGGUGGUCUUGCUGAAAACUUGUGGGUAAGUCGGUUUUUGCCAAAAACAUCGAUGAAAUGGAUGGAGGCGACAGCAUGCGAUGUAGAAAGUGACUUUUGUGCUGUCAAUCCAAAGGGUGUGGACGACAAGUUGUAUUGUUCAUCUCUUCAGAAUUUUAAUGCGGAGAAGGAAUUAAAUGAUAUACAAUACUUUACUAGCAAAGGAAGCAGCAAUGGGACAACAAGUAGUAAAUGUCCAGCAAUGCCUCCAGAGGAACCUAAGCAAUCUGAAACAAUGGCUGCCGUUUUUGCAAAGAGAAUGGACACACUUAUACAUGCAAAGACCUCUGCAGUAGGGUUGGCUACAAGUGAUCGUGGAAUGCCCAAACGACGUAGCCACAGAACGAACUCUUUUGCUUUUAGUUACAGGAGACAUGAUGAACUAGAGGUGGGACAAGAAAGUCAUAAAUCUUCUAGCGGAAAUGGGAGGAUAGUUUUGUGGAUGGGUGACAAAGGUAAGGACCAAUUGUGUACUGGAAGUAAUGAAGAAUCAAGAGGAAUUUUUUUGUCUGAGCGUGAGCAUCAGCAUCGUGGAGGGAACACAGCUGGAAAGUCUGUAGCUCCUCAUGAUAAUUUAGAAGCGUACCCAUCGGCUGAAGAUACUGAUAGAAGAAGAGAAAAAAUAAAGGAAGGGGUCUCAGAUUCCAUGGCGAGUCUGCCAGAUAACAAGCAGAUUGUACCUUAUGGCAUUAUGCCCAAUGAUCUAUGUGAUGAAUCAAGUGUUGUUUUUGGAGCCUUAUGUAGGCUUCGCUUGUCUCGCUUGGAUAUCAUAAGAUGGUUGAGAUCACCGAUCAUGCACACCACCUUAGAUGGCUUUUUCGUGCGACUACGAUUUGGUAAAUGGGAGGAAGCAUUGGGUGGCACUGGAUACCAUGUUGCCCGCCUUAAUGGAGCACUGGAUAGGAAUCGCCUUUCAGUGACCAUCAGAAAUUCAACCUGCCAAGUAGAUUGCCGCUUUGUAUCCAACCAUGACUUCCAUGAGGAUGAGCUGAAGGCAUGGUGGUCCGCUUCCAUGAAGGGUGACUGGAAGCUACCGUCAAAAGAAGAACUCGAUACGAAGCUAAGAGAAAGAGAGCUACUUCAUUCUUAGAACGGAGCGAGUCAAGAUCUGAUGACAGUACCAAAAUAUGAAGGCUUCUGUGUCGCUAGUCACUUUUUCGGAAACGCCAGCCAGGCGAUGUAACCAUUAUUAUAUUGGCCAAAAUAAGUUGUGUAAGUUUUGCGGUGUCAUGGCUAGCAUUUGGCUGAGGCACGCCGGGAGAAGGAGACUCUGCCUUUACCAUCCUGGUGUGUCCAGAGAUCAGGCUGUCGUCCCUCUGAAUUAUCGGUAGUGACAUCAGCUUUGUUUAUCUAUGUAGUAUAAUUUUACGAUGGGACGAGGAGUUGUAUGGUGUCCUAUCUGUCAAUAGUAAGAAGCUACUCACAGACUUGUAUGCCUGUAUAGUUCCUUGAAACUGAGAUUUGUUGUUCA